CUUGCAAAGGAGGAUAUUGAAUCCUUUGAAUGGUUAUUUGAAACUUUCUUAAAGGCAAUGAAUAACUGUCAGCCUACCUGUAUCAUGACAGAUCAAGACCCUGCGAUGAAAGUGGCAAUUGAAAAAGUUCUUGAUAAGGCAAAACAUAGGUUUUGUAUGUGGCACAUUAUGAAAAAAGUGCCACAAAAGGUAGGGCCCAAAUUAUGCUUAGAAACUGAUUUUCUUCAUAAACUAAACUCUGUUGUGUGGAAUAGAGACCUUGAACCAGAAGAAUUUGAAAUUGGUUGGCAGUCUGUGAUGUCUGAAUUUGAUUUAGUGAAUGAAGAUUGGUUCAAAAAUAUGUAUAAUAUAAGGAAUAUGUGGAUUCCUUCCUACUUUCGUGACCUUUUUAUGGGUGGGAUUUUAAGGUCAACUCAAAGAUCAGAGAGUGAAAAUAGCUUUUUCACUAAUUUCACCAAUCAGCAUUUGUUAUUGGUUGAGUUGUGGUUUCGCUAUGAAUCUGCAAUCGAUGCUCAAAGGCACACACAAGACAAGUUGAAUGCUACUUCAAAAACUACACAUCCCCAACUUGUCACCCCCCUGUACUUGGAAAAGCAUGCUGCAUUUGCUUACACUCAUAAUGUAUUUUACAUAUUCCAAAAGGAAUUCAAGCAUGCUUUGUACAAUUGUGGUAUAAGUAAUGUUACCAUCAAAGAAGAAGAAGGGAUUGAGCAAUAUAGAAUUGUUGACAACACAAGGAAAAAAAGCUAUCAUGUCACAUAUGUUUUGUGUUCUAAUGAUGCUUCAUGCUCUUGUAAAAUGUUUGAAUCUGUUGGAAUAUUAUGUCGUCACAUUCUCUUUGUCAUGAAAGGAAAGUUCUUAUUUGAGAUUCCAAGGCAAUAUGUUUUACAUCGUUGGACUAAAGAAGCUAUGAAGAAACCAAUUUUUGGCUUAAACAACUUGCUUGAUGGGGCAGAGAAGGAUAAGAAGCAAAAGCUAGUUGGUGAUUUAUGGUGCAGGUUUUUUUCAUGUGUAAGUCUUUGUGAGGAGAAAGUUGAAUGCCUAGAGUCAUUGUUGUCUAAGCUAAUAUCUUUUGAAAAUGAGAUGAAAGACUUGGAUUCUAUAAGUCCAGUUGAUAAACGUGAGGCAAAAAAUAAACACAUCGAAUUAUUUGUUGGAUCUAAUGACAUAGUUGUUGAUAUUCUUCCUCCAAACAAGUCUUCCAACAAAGGUAGUGGUAGUGGAAAAAGGAAAAAAUCUGACAAAGAGAUAGCUAUUGAGGAAAGCCAAAGGAAAGAUAGACUUUGUAGAACUUGUGGUCAGAGAACAAACCAUGAUAGUCGGAAUUGUCCGCAAAAAAAAUCCAACUUGAAUGAGGAUUUCAAAGAAGAGUAGAAAGGCUGCAAAACCACUUCAUAUUUACAAGAAGCAACAUCGGCUACUGACAGCCUAGUGCUGAAAUAGAGGAGAUGAGAGGAAAGAAAGAACAUAGUGCUAUAGUGCCCUUUUUAUUGAUAUAGUGAUUGUUAUUGUUUCACAUAUAUUAAAGAGGGACCUUUUAUUGUUAAAAUUUUAUUGAUAGGGUGACCUUUUAUUGUUAAACUUUUUAUUGACCUUUAUAUUGUUAUUUUGAUGUAGUGACAUAUUGGCAUAUGAUAACUUCAAUUUAUAUUAUAGUAUGUGUUUUUAACGUCAUAGUGACUUUUUUUCAUCGUAUUGACACCUUAUUCCGUGAUAACCUUUUUAGUGAUAUAAUGACCUUUAUUAUGAUAUAACAACCGUAUAAAAAAUACUCACAUUUUAA